GGUCGGAGGUCAGAAGAUGCCAACACUGCAAUGGAAAAACAGUUUGACCUCAUUGAUCGCACCAUCGAUGAGCUUGCAGUUUCGACUGGCAUGCCGAGGCAGCAAGUUUUAAAUUUAUUUCUCAAGUCUCGUAGCCGCAUCAAUAACGGAACAAACCACUGGAACAUUUACGGGCAAUACUUCAAAGCUCACCGCCUGCGCGAGCUACAGCGAGCUGGCAAAGAUGCGAAUGUCAUCAUCACAUCAACCAUCCAAGGCGAAUGUUAUAGGUCCUUCCAGGAUGCAUAUCCUGAUGAUUGGCAAGAGAUCCUCGACACG